AUGGUGUCACUGCCAGAGAGUAUCACUGAGGUGUACAGUGAGAGUACGGGGUGCGCACUGUGUGCGUUCCAUUCCCGGCCUGAGAUGGCCGCUGCCCUGAAGCGUACGAUAGAAACUCUGAUGGAGAAAGGAGCAGUUGUGAGAAACUUGGAAAAUCUGGGAGAAAGAUCACUGCCAUAUAAAAUCUACAAGCAUAAUCAAGAUCACAGAAAAGGAGGGUAUUUUUUGGUAGACUUUGAUGGCCCACCUACAAUCAUUUCAACAAUGAUGGAAUAUUUAGGACGUGAUGUUGAUGUAAUUAGACCUACUUUUUUAAAGCAUCCCGUAUCUAAAACAGAAGAGUGUAAUGGAAUAAUCCCAAUCAACUAUGAAGACAAACUAUAUACCAAGAAAAAAUGAGUAUCCAAAAGAUCAUAGCUAAAACUUUUUAUUUUAGCCCUGCUUUGGGAUAUAAUUGCGGUAAUCAUUUUUGUCUAUGUACAUAUAAUCACGUGGCAUCUGGAGUUAAUGUAACCCUUAGCUUUCUUUUUUGUUGUAAAUUAAAUUUGUACGCUUAUCUUAAUAGUUGAUGACCAUUCUAGAAAUUGAUUUGCUUUCCAUGUAAAGCAUUACAUCUGAUGAAGUUGUCUACCCAUCAGGAGUCUAAAAAUAGCAUUUUUUUUUCAGUAAGACUACUACAGACUUUGUACUCAUACACAGUGGAUUAAAAAAACUGACAAUGUAUACUGUAUAGUAAUAUGACUUUUAAAAAAAAUCUGAAUAAGUUAAUAAAGGUGAUUUGAAGUAA